AAAUAAAAGAAAGACUUUCUUUGCACCUGUGCGUCAGGGCCUCACAAUAAAUAUACAUAAAUGCAUUGAUUCUUCCCCAACCUGUUUUCAGCUUCUUAUCACUGUGCCAUGUGAAGAAAAGGUGACUUUUUUCUUCUUCAUUCUCCGAUGGGUUGCUGUGUAAGCACCCAUGGAACUUCUACAAAGCACCAGAAUUUUCAAGUGGGAUCUCAAUCUUUGAAGCCCGAGUCAAGCCAUGAAAGUAGAGCUCCACCUCCUUUGAUUGAAGAAGAAACUGUUAAAGAGGUUCUUUCUGAAACUCCCAAACUCAAACCACCACCAGUUGUAACCCAACUUAUACAACCGAUCAAGAAUCCGGAACAGGAACUACAUUAUCAAGAAACUAACAAGAACAAUAUCCUCGUUGACCCACCAUUUCCUGAUGAGAAGAUCAAAACAAAUGGGCACAAGGAGGAGGGGUUCAUUGUCCAAGAAGAAGAGAUCUCUGAAAAAGAAGUCUGCAGCUUGAGUUUCAGCGAGACUGUGUCAACUACGACCUUCAACAAUGACAAAAGGGAUGACGAUGAUGAUGAUGAUGGUGAAGAAGUGAAGCAAAGAGUAAAGAAAUCUCCGGUAGCGAAAUUGACUCCAAGAAACAGCGCAGUUUCUGGCAAUUUUGGCCCCACGCGAGACAGGAGUGUGGGGAAGUCACCCAACCGUAGAACUGAUCAGUCACCGGAUAAAAGAAACAAUGCCAGUCGUGGAGGUGGAGGUUCAAUGAGGUUGGUUCAAAGCAGGGAGUCGAGUACAAAUCAGGCGGGAAGACGAGGGUUGAAGCCCGACGCAAAUAGGAGAGACCCAGGUGAGAGCUCUGGGAGGAGGUCUAGGUCUCCGGCCAACAAUGGAUCUACAGUGGGUCGUAGCCCGUCAACGAGGAGGACGAACGGUUCUCCUUGUCGGUCAAGAACUGAUCUGACCCAGAGCGGUGGCAUGGAGGGUAAGUGGCCAUGCACUUCAAAUGGUAGUAGAACAACAACAGACGAGUCGCUUGAAAACCCACUUGUUUCCCUUGAAUGUUUCAUCUUUCUAUAAAGAGGCACAAAAUUCUCGCCGGAAUUACUCUUCUCCGGUGGGUUAGUUGGUACAUUUAUGAAACGUUGUAUAUUUUUAUUUUUAUUACUUCAAUAUUAAACUUUUCUUUUAAUUAAUAAA